AUGGAGAAGCUGUCACUGUGUUUCCUGGUCAUCAUUAGCCUCCCUAGUGCUUUUUCCCAGACAGAUAUGCACACAAAGGUCUUUGUGUUCCCCAAAGAGUCGGAUAAUUCCGUUGUGACGCUGACUGCACAGCUAACGAAGCCACUUAAGGCCUUGACCGCGUGCCUGCAUGUCUAUACCGAUCUGACCCACAACGAUAGCCUCUUCUCUUAUGCCACAAAGCAACAAUAUAAUGAGAUCCUCCUCUUCAAGGGAAAGACUGCUGCAUACAGUGUAUCCGUGGGUGGAGCUGAUGUCUUUUUCAAGCCUCCUGAGAGUUAUCCUGCACCAAUGCACUUCUGUGUGACCUGGGAGUCUACCUCAGGGAUUACAGAGCUCUGGGUGGAUGGGAAGCCCAUGGUGAGGAGGAGUAUGAAGAGGGGAUACUCUUUGGAGACAGAGGCAAGCUUCGUCCUGGGGCAGGAGCAGGACGCAUUUGCUGGGGGCUUUGAUAAAAAGCAGUCUUUGGUGGGAGACACUGGAGAUGUGAACAUGUGGGACUAUGUGUUAUCACCAGAAGAGAUUAGCACUGUCUAUGCUGGUGGGACCUUCAGUCCUAAUGUCCUGGACUGGCGGGUGCUGAAGGAUAAAACACAUGGUGAGGUGUUCGUCAAACGACAGCUAUGGCCCUGA